UUAUGUACAAAACAUGUCAUACCGAUGAUAAAGUGUAAUAUUCUGAUUCUACUAAGUUGGUUUUUCACUUACGAUUCCCGUUUAUCGAUACAAUCAAGCACAUCACUAUGGUGCUUAGUACAUUUUGACAUUCUGAGUUUUUGGUGGUCUCGUCGAGAUAUAGUAUGUGGGAAAAAUCAUUGUUUGUUAGUAAUUAGGCAGGUGUUAUUUAUCGUGGAUAAUGUUCUAAUAUGUUAGUCAUUAUUGAUUUAAUAUCAAAUAGUAGUUUGUCUGCAUUCACUCGGUGUUCGUCUGUCGAGCGUGCCAUUCAUAGAUUUCUCAGAUAGAUCUGUGCACAGAGAGGAAGAUGACGGUUUUGAUCUACAAUAGUGAUAUUAUUUCCGUAUAAUUGUGUUUUUUAUUCAUGAUGACUACAAAUACGAGAUCUGCUAAAGUCAGUUUGAAGCCGAUUGAAGUGCCCCAGGCUUUGCAGGAUGGAGAGAAAUUCGUCAAGUGGGAUGAGGAUUCCGGAGCCGGUCUGCCGGUUACCCUACGGGUGGACCCUAAGGGUUUCUUCCUGUACUGGACCGACCAGAACAUGGAAGUGGAGAUGCUGGACAUAGCCACCAUCCGCGAUGUCCGUACCGGAGUACAUGCUAAAGUACCAAAAGAUCCCAAAAUACGUAAUGUAGUGCUAAUUGGGUCUCAAGGAUCGCUGGAGGAAAAAACUGUCACCGUGUGUCAUGGCGCCGACUUCGUCAACGUAACGUUCAUCAAUUUCUGCUGCACCAGAAAGGAAAUUGCACAGCUUUGGACAGAGGGGUUGUUUGCUCUGGCGUACAAUCUGAACCAGCUCAACAACCCGACAAUAAAGUUCCUCGAGAAGUUACACACCAAGAUCGCUCUCAAAGCAGACAAGUCGGGGAAAAUUCUCGUCAAGAACAUCGUGAAACUCCUAGCCCAAAACAAAGAAGACAAGAAGCGCGUAGAGAAGGCCCUCAGCGAAUCUGGGCUGCCCACCGGCAAGAACGACACCAUCAGCCAGUCUAAGUUCCAGUUCGAAGACUUCUUCGCCUUCUACAAGAAUCUCACGCAGAGGACUGAGGUCCAGAAGAUAUUCAAUAAUCUCACGGAUGGCAAGCCCCAUCUAUCUGCCAAUCAAUUGGUCGACUUCCUCAACGAAGUUCAAAGAGAUCCCAGGCUCAAUGAGAUCUUGCACCCUUAUGCGGACCUCCAGCGGGCCAAGGACCUUAUCAAGACCUAUGAACAUAAUAAGUACCACCAACAGAGAUCACAGCUCACUUUCGAUGGAUUUUUAAGAUUCCUGAUGUCGGAAGAUAAUCCUAUAGUGGCGCCAAGUAAGAUGGACCUGUGCGAUGAUAUGGAGCAGCCGUUGGCUCACUACUUCAUCAAUAGUUCGCAUAAUACUUACCUGACUGGACAUCAGCUUACCGGCAAAUCUAGCGUGGAGAUCUAUCGCCAGAGCUUGCUUGCUGGUUGCAGAUGCGUCGAGUUAGAUUUCUGGAACGGCCGCACGGAUGAGCCUGUCAUCGUCCACGGCUACACUUUCGUACCAGAGAUCAGCGCCAAAGAAGUUCUGGAAGCGAUAGCCGAAAGCGCCUUCAAGACUUCAGACUACCCAGUCAUAUUGAGCUUUGAGAACCAUUGCAAUCCUCGGCAGCAGGCCAAAAUAGCCAAUUACUGCAGAGAAAUAUUCGGAGAUAUGCUGCUUGAUAAACCUCUGGAUUCCCAUCAGUUAGAACCUGGAGGGGAGUUGCCGCCGCCAUCUUUGCUUCGCAACAAGAUCAUAAUAAAGAACAAGAAGAAACACCAUCACCACCAUAAGAAGGAAGACUCCAUUGCUUCUGAGGAGAGCGAGCCUCAGCCCGAAGUGCCUCAGGGCAACGGAGAUGUUACGGCUGCCGCGUUAACGCGACAAGGGUCAUCAGAAUCUUCGGACUCAGAAAGUUCGUCGGGCGAAGAGGAAGCGGGGGGCGUCGACAGCGCUGUCGGCGAGGACGCGCGUGAAACGCACGCGGGCGCAGAAAUAUCCGCGCUCGUUAACUACGUACAACCCGUACACUUCAGCUCCUUCGAGAACUCAGAGAGUCGUGGAGGACGCCCGCGGAUCCACGCGGCCGCAGAAAUCUCUGCCAUAGUCAACUACGUGCAACCUGUACACUUCAGUUCCUUCGAGAAUGCCGACAAAAAGAACCGUUUCUACGAGAUGUCGUCGUUCGACGAGAAACAAGCGACUACGCUGCUGAAGGAACGGCCCAUCGAGUUCGUGAACUACAACAAACAUCAGCUGUCGAGAGUCUACCCGGCGGGAACUCGGUUUGACUCCUCGAACUUUAUGCCACAGGUUUUCUGGAACGCCGGCUGUCAGUUGGUGGCGCUCAACUAUCAAACGUUGGAUUUGGCGAUGCAACUCAAUUUGGGCACGUAUGAAUACAACCGGCGAUGUGGAUAUCUGCUGAAACCUGAGUUUAUGAGGAGAAAGGAUCGGCGCCUCGAUCCCUUCGCAGAAAGUACAGUCGACGGCAUUAUCGCCGGCACACUAUCCGUCACGGUCCUCUCAGGACAACUGCUAACUGACAAGCGAUGCGGCACAUAUGUAGAAGUGGACAUGUUCGGUCUACCCGCCGACACAGUGCGCAAGAAGUUCAGGACAAGAGUCGCCCCGAAUAACGGCAUUAAUCCUGUGUAUGGAGAGGAGCCUUUUGUUUUUAAGAAGGUGGUGUUACCAGAACUAGCGAUGCUUCGCAUAGCAGCCCACGAGGAGAGCGGGCGACUGCUGGGGCACCGAGUGCUGCCUGUACUGGGCCUGUGUCCCGGCUACCGGUCCGUCAACCUGCGCACCGAGCUCGGGUUGCCUCUGCCGGGGAGCUUGUUGUUACUUGUUGUUGUUAAGGACUACGUACCAGACCGGCUGUCAGAACUCGCAGAAGCGCUGGCCAACCCCAUCAAAUACCAGAGCGAGUUGGACAAGCGUGAACACCAACUAGCUAAGCUGACGGAAGACACUGAUGUACCGAGUGACGCGCAGCCCAGCCGCCCCAAGCGGGCUGCCGACAGCCCCGAGCGGCCAGAGCGACGCUCCCUGCCACAUCCCAUCAAAGUAGAAGACGCUCCGGACGGCAGUCCCCUGAAGGAAGCUGUAAUGGAGACGAAGAAGUUCAUCGAGACCGAGAGCACCAGCAUACCGUCGCCGUUGCCGCCCAAUGACAAGAACUCACAUGAUGCAGAGGGUAAAACAAAUGGUACGUCGGAUGAAUCGUUACAAGAAACGUUAGAGAAUCUCCUAUCUAUGAAGAUUGUUCGCGAGAAACAAGCGGAGUUGGCGCGAAAGUUGGACGCACUCCGGCGCAAGUUCGAUAAGGAAAAGAAACCGGCUACCUCCAAGUUUUACGUUAGCAACAAACUUGUUAAAAGACUGUCUUCGAAAAAUAUGAGUAGCGACGCUCACGCAAGCGCCGAGGAAUCUUGCGGCGAGUUCCUCGCGAUGGAACGUGAGUUGAGGCUCAAGUGCCACCACGCGGUGUACGCUGCGUUAGAGAAACACGUGCGAGCUGAUCAUCAUCAGCAGAUGAAGGCGCUUUCGGAUUUAUUAGAAGCAGAAAAGAAAGAAGUUCUAACUAGGCUGGCGAACUCGCGAAAGGAGGACGUCAAAGCGUUAGCCAAGAAGACCAACAGAGAUAAAGACGAAAUUAAUAGAAUAAAGCGAGAGAUACAUUCGCAGUCCGUAGAGCGCGGCGUGGCGGAGUGCUGCCGCCUGGAGCAGAAGGACGCCGCGCGCCGCGAGCAGCUCGCGCGCAACCACGACAAGCUGCUGCAGCUGCUCUUCAAGCACCGCGACCAGGAACUAUUGGAACUGGAGCGGCUGUGCGGCGCGGCGGAGGGCUAGAGCAGGCGUGGGCCGCGCAGGUAUCUGUGAUAUUAUCGCCUCCCGCACGAGCACGAGCCCGCCCGCGCCAAGGCUCCAGGGUAGCGCGAAUACUUCUCCAUAAGAUUGUCCUCUAUUCUAUACUCUGUGUUUUCUUAACAAACGAGUACUGAACACUUUCACUGGCUCUAUAUUCCUUCACAAGAACAAAAAAAUCCGUUCUAAACAAACGCUAUAGUUAAAUGGUAUAACUCUAUAUUAGUUGUAGGUUGUUUAUGUAAAUAUAGUAUUAGCUAAGCUGUUUGGAAGUUGCAAUUGUUUAUUGAAAGCUUAGCAGAUGUCAGAAAAAUUAAAAUGGUACAAUAUUAAUUGAAUUUUCACUACAGUAUAUAGAAGUUUUCGAUAUUAAUAAUGCCUCAAAAAUUUCAGACUCACCGUUAAUACAUGAAUUGUGCGAGAGAUAUGCGACUCAGUACUCGUUUGUUAAAUAAAAUAGAGUAUACUUUAAUGAUAAGUAGUGUGUCUCGGGAAUUGUAUUGCAUUUAAUUGAAUUAGUGUUAAGCGGUUGAGCUUUGGUCGCUUGUCCGACGUCCUAGUCAGCGCCGCGGGCUCCGCGGCUUACUCGAUACAUAUCUAAAGCACAACUCUGGUUGUUCACUCCGUUAUCUAUCUCGUACCUAAUUAUUUCGUACAAUCUCACUAAUAGAUCUUCCUUUAUAUUAUACGUAGACGUAGCUUAUAUUAAUUCCGUAUAUUGUAAAGAAAUUAUUAUGAAAUUGAUUCUUAUGAUGGUUAUUCCAAUAUUUGCUGGUUAGUGAAUGCGUUUCGAGUGGAGAUUUUAAAAUUUAUUUAUUUGUAAUAUUCAAUGUAACUUGAGGGUUCAUAGAUUGAUUUAUUGGAAUUGACAUUAAACUUUUGUAAUGCACUCGUUAAUACAAAUUAGGUACGAAAAUAAUACAUCACGAGCGUUUUACUGAUUCACAACACAUUAAUAUAUUAACGUGGGUUUAUAUAGCAUCUGUGUAGUCUAUGAUUAUCGAAUAUUAUCAUAUUAAGUAUAAUGGCUUCUUUUGCAUUGUUUAAUCGUACUAACAGAUGUCAGUAACAGUAGGUUGUAGAUUAACAUUCCAUUUUUCGCUUAGUCAUUAAAACGCCAAUAAUGUUUAGGUAUUAGUGAUAAUGGGCCAUUGCACUGAUCCGAUCUAGUGAAACUCCAAAUAUAUUUAGUCAGUCACGAAAGACAAGCUUCAGACACAACUACUGAUAGACAAUACGACCUUAGACUAUAGUAGAUAGUAUUACAGUAGUGUACAAGCGUUCCCAAGUAGCAAUAGUUAAUUACAUAAACCAAAUAGAAUGUUCGCGAACCUUGCGUAGUUUUGAUACAAUCCUCUUUAAUACGAGAGUUCCAGACGAAUGUAUUUAAUAAAACGUUUGGCACUUAGUCACUUUCAUUCCGGUAAUUUUAAAGUAAUGUGCCAAUGACAACACCAUGUAUAUGAUAUUUAAGUUACAACUCACUGCCAAUAGUAUUAUCAGAGGCUUGUGUCGUGUAGAAGUAAUCGCAGCCUUAGACAAGCGCCUCCAUUAGAUAUUAGCGACGAGCAGUCUUCAAAACAACGUGUUUCUUUUAAUUCAUUUACUACAAAAGAAAUAUAUAAAAAAAGUCUUUCUAAUAGAAAACCUUUUAACAGUUUUUGAAAAUAAAGUUUCGUUAGAGAAGUCUUCCUCCUGCUAUGGAAAGUUAAAUAGUUCCAAUAGCGACUUCUUUAGAGGAACUAAGUAACUGUAUUACGGGUUUUAUUUAUAAUAAUAGAGAGGUUUAUAUUUCAAUGGUGCUUUCAUAGGCUCAAAGUACUUAAUGUUACUGAUUUUAACACAUAAACUUGGUAGAGUAAGGUUUUGAAACGUCACUAUUUUGUUUCGAUUAAAAUUAGUGGUUAUUAUUAUUUUCAUGAUAGCAUAUUGUUCCUGCAUAUUGUUCAUAGUGCAGUACAUUUGUAGCUAUUGUCGAUAUUAAAUUAUCGAUACAUAAAAUAUUCUAACUAACUUUAAAACUGAAUUUUUUGAAUGUGUAACGCAGCUUUAUUGUUUUUAGUAGUUUAGUCUUAGCAAAAAUAUAUUUCAGUUCAUUAAAAUAUUUCUUUUUCAAUCAAUAUUGCUAUCGUGAAAAUGAUAUCAGUACAUACUUUUCAAUAAUUAAAAUUGUUCUCUCCUGUAGUGGUUUCGUAAUAAAUACUUCAUUUUCGUGAUUCGAAUUGAUUAAAUAAGUACCAGCAAUAAUAUAGUAUAAAAUAGUAUUUACAUCCGUCUCCUCUGAUCGAAACUUGCAAUAAAUUAUAUUUAAUGAUAUUCAGUACUCUACAUAGAUUUAAGGCAUUUGUUCAUUUGGAUACAUUUUCUCUGAACAUUGCAAUGAAUUUGACAGCUCGUGUUGAUUCAAUCCACUUUAAAACAAACAAUUUGAGUGUUGUUCUUUUGUUUAAACCUUAAUAUCACUUUUCAAAGUGUUGCCAACAAAGAAAAGUAUCCAAAGUGAUCACGUCAUGAAACUAAAUAGUGCAAUAUUAACUUAUGACUUGGCUAUCGCUAAUAUACUGACUUAUGCACUUUCCGUACCGAAUAAGUGGAAUAUGGUAGUUGCCAAAACUUAGGUAAAUUCGUUUAGUUGUAAUGCUACGGCGAGGUGUUGUACAGUCUUAGUCGAUUUACGAUAUUAGGCAGUUUAUCUAUAGUAAGGUUUUAAGUCUUGACCUAUUGUACUUGCCUUGUCAUACAUUUAAAGUGCAUCUUGCCAUGGGCGUAUUUCUAAGCUUUAAAACUAGAAACUGGCCAUUAUUUUGAUUCUACUUACAUGUAACAGCUAAUCUGUUGUUUUGUUUAGCGGUAUAUUGUAUAAUAUGGCGUCUAUGGCACGAUGCUCUCGAUAUAUUUUGUACUCGCCGUUAGUCAGCGAGCUAAGAGAGUGGCCAUUAUUUUUAUUGUAUUUAUCAAACGUUUUCUUGUACAAAAACCUAGUUAUGGUAUAAGUGCCAUGGAUGUAAUGUUUUUUGGUCCCACGUAUUUAUUAACUUUUAAAUCUACUUUAUAAUACAUUUAUUAUCGUUAAAAUAUAAAUUUUAGAUACCGUUGGGGUUAUUUGUGGCAAGUUAUUUUAUCAGAAAAGACUACUGCAAUAUAACAUUCUUAAUUCAAACAUAAUGUUCGGUGACAACACUACUAAUAAAAUGGUGUUCAUAUUCAGUAGUCCUUAUAAUAACGUCACAAAUGAUUCUGAUAUAAAACAAGAAAGUAAAACAUGGAAACAGGGAACCUCUUACUAUCUCUCGACUAUAUUUAUCGAUCUGUCUUUGCUAUGACGUAUGUAUUUGACACAAUAGUUGAUAAAUUUAAUAUUGAGGAGUGUGAGGUAAUAUCAAUGUGUUAGAUAUUAUAAAAUAUGGGUUUAAUUUAGAUUUCCAUCGGAAACUUGUGAUGAUUAGGUUCGUAAUGUUUAGGCACUUCCCCGGUAGCACUGAAGGAAUGGCUGAGUGUGAGGUAGCUCGACAUAGUAUUCGUUUAGAUCACGACCUAAUGAGCUUAAUACGCGAUGUUAAAUCGCCCUAUAUGAAUAAACUAUUACGUUUUAAUGCACAAAUGAGAAGUUGUACACUUUGUAAGUUGUUCGUAGUUUAGAGUCAGUGGUAAAUACAGAAUAUUCGUUUUAGAUAUCAGCAGUAGGCACUUGGAUGUGGGAGGGUAGUGUAGGGCGGUGUCGGCACACGUAGGCGGGAUAGUGUAGGUGUGGCGCUGUGGGCUGUAGCAAGUGGCCUUCCUGUGCGUGGCAUCCCGCGCGGUGGAUGUGUGAGGGAUGCUAUCCGAUCGAUGUUUAGGCGGAUAUUUGAAUUUAUCAGCUCGAUUUUAACGUUCUCCCGACGUCCACAACUAAAUUUUUAAUAAGUAUAUCUCUUCUAAUGACCCGUUUUUGGCAUUGUUAUCCCCGUUCGUUGAUACAAAUGAUUGAAUUAGAUAGUAGAUAGAAUAAUAUCAGUGUAACGAGUAGAUAUACGGAUGUUUAAAGUGAAACACGACUUGUUCUUGCCUUGUGUAAUUAAAUUAUUGUCUCUAGGUAAGAUGUAGGUCACGUCUGUUCUGUAUUAGAACCACAGCAGCUUGCACUUGUCAUGUGUUUUAUUUCACAAGAAGGCCUAAGCUUCUCUUCAGUUUUGGAUUUUAAUGAUAAUUCCCAAUCGUUGAUGUAUUUUUCGAUUUGUCUUGUAUUACCUUCGUGAAGUCUAACUCUAACUCCGGGUAGGACGACUGCCCCAAAAUUGCCCCAAUAUUUUUAGAUACUAUAUUUAUUGGCUAUUUAAGGAUAUAUUAAUAUAUUUUAUUCUUAAUUAUAUUAUCGGUCCCGCUUAAAGUAUUUAUUUGUGUAGUCUAUCGCUGUGGUCUCCGUGUUUGGCUACAUUAUAGAUUAUAAUAUAAUAAUUAAUGAUUAAAGUUCGCGUGAUUCAGCCAAGUAGAUGUUCAGAGUUAUCUCGUAGUAUGUAAUCCGACUGCAGCUUCGAUAGCGUGAUGUGGCGGGUGGCUCCGCAUUCUCUCGGCUGUUAGGUAAAUAGUCCGUAAGUGAAACUCGUAUACUUGUUACAUUUUAUAUUGACUAUUUAUUUUUAAAAGAGUUAUCUGAUUAUGUAUAUUCUAAUAUAUAUAUAUUUCUAGACUAUCCUAUUAUUAUAUAACGGUUGGUGUAAGGUCGUAAGCUAAGCUACGAUAAAUUAUAUAUAUAGAUCUGUAUUUAAUCUGCAUUGGUUUGCCUUUUGCGGUUUGUGUGUGUUUAGUGAUCUGUUGCAGCCCUUUGUUAUUAAUACUGGGUUGUCAUAAGGCAGGCUGUAUAUUUACUUCUUUCUAUUUUACCAUACAAAUUCAAUACAGAGCGGUCUCUGACGCACCCAUAACCAAAUAGUUUUAAUUCUUCGUCUGUCUUCGAAUUUUCUAUCUAGGCAGCAAAACGUUACGCAAUAUGUUAACGCUGUUAAUCUUGUUUGCUCAUUUCUACUGAAUCUACUCUCAUUGAUCCUUCCUGCUUACGGCUUCUAUCUUAUAAGUUUUCGAUGUUAUUGUCGACUUUUAGACGAGUUUACAUAAUUCAUUAUAGUUGCUGAAUUGUUUUGUAUCAAAUAUUUAUUCUACUUUAUUAUACAAGGCUAUACUUUCAGCUUGUUCUUCCAUGUUUCGAUGCAGACAUCAGACUAACCUAUAUUUUUCAAACCGAUUUUAGAAUCUAUAUUUUUGAUGUUGUUUCCUAAAUAUUUACAAUUUUUAAUUAUAUCUACUGUAAAUUCUAGAUAGUGUAAUGUCUCUUGAAACGCGUUAUGGGUCAUACCGUUGUAAAAUGUAAUAUACCUAUAGCUAUAGUUCUAAGGAUAGCUAUGUACAAUCGCUCCGCUUGAAAUGAUUUGAGAAUAUACAGCAUCUUGUUUUUACUAAUUGUUAAAAUCUGUCACGAGAUUUUAUAUUUACAAGACUCUUUGCGCCGGUUCCAUGUCCGAUCAAUCCCAGUCUGGUAGUUUACCAAAAGCGUAAGGUUCAAAAUAAAUCUUACGUAGACUUUCUAGCUUUCUUUACUGAUUAAGAUUUUGACAAACAGUAAGGACGAGCUCACACAGCAUAGUCCUUAUUGCAAUAAUUUUACACCGUGUUUUUGUGGUUAAUAUUCUAAAUUAUUAUUAACUCAAGCAGGACAAAUUCUUUAGCAGGCUCAGACAUGUUGAUUCGAAGGUCCCUAACAUGAGAUAGUAAUUACAGAAUACCGAAUUAAAAGACGAUUCACUUUACUUAUAUUAUACCAAAUUAAAAUUGCUUAGCAUUGAAUAUUUUAACGUAAUUCACAAAACCCUACACGAUGUAAACUUCCGUCAAGCACAAACAUUUUCAAGCGGAGUACAAACAAGUGAUCGGCACAUUUCUUAUGAUCUACUUAAUAAGCGUCACUAGCGACGGGUUGUGAAUAUAAUGAGAGGUAGUUGUAAAUGUUCGAUAUUCGGAGCUGCAGUGGGUGUCUUAGAACCCUGUCUCACUUCCCCGUAGAGAGCCGUCGGGCACUGCGUAAAAUGAAACGUUGAUGGGUAAAUUUUAUUUUCAUCUGGCAACAUUACUCGUAAAAGACGUGUCUGUUUCAAAUUGUGAAAUUUUAAACACCGAAAUGAAAUUAUAUUCGAGAUAUUUUAUAAUAAGUAACCUUUGGCUUUAUAUGUGUGGCAAAAACUUAAUCUGAGUAAAUAGGUCGUAUUUUUAUUGGCGAUGUAAAUUCGGCGAAAUUCGUCUCUUGCCGUUAAUGGAUGCAUUCGUUUGAAAUAAUGUUGUGUGAUACAAAACCCUAUAAUUUCUAAAGAGUGGAAUGGCGUUUCUGAAUGUUAUAAACACGUUUUUAUUAUAUUUUCAUUGAAUGCAGCUAGUAUCAAUUAUUUUUUUAAGCAUAUCUACUUACGCAUUUAAUAACAUAUUUAUUUUGAAGAAUCUUUUAACGUAUUUUUUUUUGGCUUGCGCAAUGAAUUAACAAGAACAUACUAAGUACUAAAUUAUUUAAAAAAUCUACUUAUUUAUAAAAAUGGACUCCUGAGUCAUUAUUACAUUGGUAGCUAUACAUUUUAUUAAAACAAAAACCUAUUUGUAUUGCAUAGCAGAAAAUGUGAUUUGGAUUGUUUUAUUUUUAUUAAACAUAGUUUGAUUGUUAAUGUUCAUACUCGGGUCUCGGAAUGUUUUGAGAAUAAAUGCUGGAGCCUUGUCGAUAAGGGGACAAGUAUUAUAAGCUAUCCGAAAUAUUUAAGACAAUUUAUUUUUAAAUAAUGUGUGUGUUUAAUUAUAAUAUUUAAUUUAACGACACGUUUUUCUCAAAUGUUUAAUUUUAACAUAACCGACUGAAGUGUCGCGGGCAUUUUUAAGUAACCAUAGAUAAUGUUUUGUGAGAAAUUGAUGAAUGUCUAAAGGAAUGUUGAUGUUGUUAAUUAUUUUGUUGAUUUAAUAUUUUAAUAGAUUUUAGUCGCACUUAUUGAAUCUUAGCAAAGAUCUGUUUAUAUUAAGGUUUUUUUGUAAAUUGUGUGCCAGAAAGAUAUCAAUAAAGUUUAACUUUUAUUAAGGUGUGUGUCGAACGGUGUGGUAUUGACCCGAAAGGUUUGUGAUGGUAUCAAUUUAGUGUGAUAUGAUUACUGUGGCAGUUUUCGGUAUUGAUAUUGUUGUACCACUUUAUUUUGCACAGACCUUUACGUCCCGUUUUCUUAGUUAUUUAUUAUAGAUUUUAUUAUUUGGAAGGUUGUCAACAGUUUGUAAUUACGCAAUAGAUUUAUUUUAAGAGUUGUGUGUAUCAUGAAAUUCAAGUUCCAAAAGUGUUGUUACAACUGAACGGCAAACACAGGUUUAUUAAAAACUUAUUUGUACUGAUUCCUGUAAAAAAAAAUAAGGCUCGUGUUCAUUAUAGCACAUGGAACAUGGCGUAAUUUCACGAAGAAAGUUACAAAUACGUAUGUACACAUCCUAAUUAUUCAUCUCAACAAUUGUACAAUUAAAAUAAAUAAAACUAAAAAUUUUCCUCUUCCAUGUUGGUGCCAUAGUGAAUAGUGGGCCUUUUAUUUCUGUGUAAUGAAUGCCGUUGGGUUGUGACGUCACAAUGCCGUACGCACAGUACUUAGCAACGUAAGUACGACAAUCUGUUGAUACGUAAAGUUGUCUGGGCGGCUUUCACUCUCUAUAGUUCUAGUCAUUUUUAAUUCCUCCGUGUUGUAUCUAUACAUAAACAAGUAUGCCUGUAUAUGGGUAGACAAUAUAAUAAUAAUCAUUAUGAAUGUUAAACAUAAUAUAUAGGUGAAACUUAUAUCUAUUAAAUUGAUGUCUGUUCUA